CGGUAGUUCAUAUUCAAUGUUUGACAUAAAUUAAGAGCACAAAUAUAAUAGAUAAUCAUGAUCUCCACAUGUAUAUUAUGGUAUAAAUACCCUCUCUGUUGCAUUUUUACACACAUCUCUCUCAAGGUGGCAGCUGUCUAAAGACGGUCGAAUCGGAGUGCAUCUACUUUCCUCCACCGCAGUCUCUCUCUGUCACCCGCCCCGCUUCUAGCUUUUACAGAAUAAGAGGAUUUACAGUCGUUGCGUAAACUUAGCUUAACAGGAGAGUUCUCCCUCCCCUUUCCUUUCUCUGUUAGUGAUGUCUAAUGGUCUCUCUGUUACAGUGACACCUGUUUUUGUCACGCAGGUCCGUACGUACGGAAGUGUCAGAACCCCUCUCCACACCAAACGGUUAUUUAAUUUAUCUCGGCGUGCAUGUGAGCAAAACUGCGAAAUGACUAGAUUAGCUGUUUUUCCUCAUGUCACAUCACCGGGCUGGAUCAUUUCUCAAGGGUUUAAGGCCUAUUGCCGAUUCAGUCUGCCCCGUGUAUCUGGUCCUCAUGUCACAUCACCGGGCUGGAUCAUUUCUCAAGGGUCUAAGGCCUAUUGCCGAUUCAGUCUGCCCCGUGUAUCUGGUCCAGGGCUUGAGACAUUAAACCGGUCAAUUGAGGGAAGGUGCCGUGGGCUUUGGUCUGGUGUUGCUCCCUUCAGUCCAGCCUUGCCCAGUGCAGGCAAGACCCGGCGGUUAUCAGCACGAAAAAAAUCCAAUGAGCAGGAUGAUCAAACCACACCACUGCUUACGGAGAACACAAGCGAUGAGCAUAUUGGGAACCGUAAUCACUUUUCGUGGUGGUUGACAAGUGUUUUUCAUAAGAAAAAACUCUCGCCUUCGCUGGAUGACCGUAUCAAAAAUCUUGAAUUUCCAUUUGAUGAGAAAGGGAAUCAACAGGAAGAAAUACUAAAGGAAUACAAAGAUGGUUCAGAGUUGUCUGAGAUUAAGUACCUAGAUAUUCACAUUGGUUCUGGUGAUUGUGUGCAGAAUAAGGAUAUCCGGAAGCUAAAGGUCGUUUUCGACUACUAUCUCUAUGAUAACUAUGGAAAUAGAGACAUCAACAGGAAAUCUAAAUCGAAGAGUUCUCAUGAAGAGCGGGACUUGUGCGAACAUGAAUUUGGUACAGGAUUUAAUGAAGGAAUUAGAGGCAUGCGAGCAGGAGGAAUUAGAAGGUUCAUUGUUCCUGUGAAACUUCUCCGAAAAGACAAAGGUUAUACAGUGAAAGGUGAUUAUGCAGUUUUUGACGUGAAGUUACUGAAAGUUUACCCAUCCAUAGCCUGUCAUGCUAGGAUAGUAGUAUUUGGGGCUGAAAAUUGAAGAUUUUGCAAUUUGUGCAACCAACUUCUUAAUAAUUUUUGUGUCCAUGUGUUUGUUUGAAACAGUACCACCGCUGCGAAAACAACAUAUUUGUGUUGUACCCAAAAUUAAAAUGUGAGUAAACAGAAUGUUAAUUUGCCAUUAAUUAUCUAGCAAGUUUCAUA